AUCCAACGAACGCACGUCAUGUUCCUGUCUCUCAUUUUAGGAGUUUCGAUUUCUAUCGUUGGAUUCAGUACGCUCGUAGCUGCUGAUCCAACAUCAGUUGUCACCUUGAAAAGUGUUCAAGUCUCUUCUACUCCUAAUGAUUACUUCGACCCGUGGUCGGUUGAGAUUACCAAAGGGCAGCAAUCCUCUCAGUUGAACGCAAAAAUACCCACGAAAAAGGAUAUACCGGAGACAAUGCUCUUAAAAUUCGUUAUCAUACUCGGAGGGAUGGAGCCCAUCGAGUACGAGACAACUUUAUGCGAGGCUUUGACCGAAGAUGUGAUUGGAAAAAGUAUCACCGCUGCUGGCACUCCAAAAGGCCAAUUCCCAGUCAAAUGUCCCUUCACAGCGGGUGACUGGGGAAUUGUGAAUUGGGAUCCUCCAACGCAUAUGAUACCGCCAGGAGUUCCCGAUGGUCCGGUCUCGGGUUAUAUGGAGUUCAAGGAAGAAGGCAAGGCACCCUACGUUAAACUCGAUUACGAUGGUGAAUUAUCACACGCACUACCGACCAUGAUGGGUCGCUGAAAACAUGCCGAGGAUAGAAAAACAAAGAUCAACGAACUGUAAAAAUUUCAAUUACGACGAACCGGGCGCUUUUAAAUAAAUUUCGUGAAAAAAUGUAGAGCUUUCGAAGCACCGCAUCGAAUGGAAUUUUUGAACAUCGUUUUCACAGCACUCGAUUAUGUCUGAAUCGUUUAAUAAAUUUCCAAGGAAUUACCUUUCAA